GAGUUUGUAAAUUCAGAGCUUAUUUAAAAAUAGCUUAUUUAUCUAAAGUUAUCAUUCACUUCAUCAUUUGUUGAGGAACACCCACAGAGAGACUUCUUGCGUCUGGUUUGAAAAGGGCAUUGCUUUACCACAGAAAUUUCAACCCAACAUUAAAUACAGGAAGUAAAGAUAUCCUCCGACCCACUCCUUGCUCAACAAGUUGACCGUUUUACAGCUGUGUUAUUUCAGAUGUCAUACGACAAAAAGACUCAGGUUCAACCAUGUCCUUCAUUUUGGAAUCACACAAAAUGAAGCUCUACAGAGUCAAUGUCCUUCAUGUCCAUCCGUCAGUCAAACAGUGAGCUCUGACCUGCACUUUAUUGUCCAACUCUAAUAUGGACUCACAGGAUAUCAAAAAGUGGUCAGUCGAGGAACUGCCUCUCCUCUACGGAAGUCAAACAAUGUGAGCUGGUAUGUGGACACUGUCCCCACAUCCCCCUAUCUAAGUCCACCACAUGGACACUGCACUGACACAGAAAGCAGCGGGGAAGAAAAGAGCACAGGGCAGUCCUCUCAUGAUGAUGAUGAUGAUGAAGGACACUUUAAGAGUAAUGAAGCACCAGGGAGUUACUUAAACAGGGAGGACCCCUCUCUGCUGACCCCAGGUGAUGACCAAUAUCACCUGCCCAGAAGUAGCCCUGUUAUCUCCUGCAGGAGGAAGUCCUUAACAUGGCAUGGAGAUACAGGGCUGUCUCUGUCUGCAUUGCCCCCUACUACUGUUGCCCCUCUGGGUCUUAGUAGUGACCCCCCAUCAACAUCUGACCGAUAUCAUCUUCAUCUUACUGAGCCCCCACUGGCAGCAGAGAGGUCAACUGGUACUGUAAAGGCAGAGUCUACCCCCUGUCCCUGUCCUACUAUAUCUCAGUCACAUAAGCCACGCUGUGUCUCCAUCUCUGCCAACCUGAACCGCCUGCUUACCAGCGGGCUCCAUCUGCCCUUCAGGGGCUCCCAGGGGCCAGGGCUGGACCAGGAGGAGGGUCCCCGACUACGCUCAACCUCUGAUGCCCAUCCACAAUUAGUGCCUAUUAAGGAUAAAAGACAAAGUGAUAUUACACACUGCUCUGCAGACAUUAUCAAGACUGGCUGUGACCUGGACAAGGAGAAUGCUCAUUUCAUAGUGGUGGACAUGGUGCUGGAGGCCUUGGAGGGGGUGAAGUGGGCUGUGAGUCUGAGUCAGAAGAGCUGUGGGGCUAUGGGGAACCAUACAGAGGCCUCAGAGGACUCAGGGGCCCAAAUCUGCAUCCACCCCUCAAAGACACACUCUCUUGUUUCCACUGACAGUGGAUAUGAAGGUUGUGGCGCAAACAAUAGACCAAUAACCAGAGGCGCUAAUAUGUCCUUUAAAAGUUCCCUGGGUUUUCCCAUAAUGCGCUGCUCUGCUGAGGGCCUAGCCCAGCAGCUGGUGUGUGACUUCAGGAAGCAGUGGUUUCCCACACAGGAGCUGAAACGCGGCCGUCAGAGCAUCAGAACCUCCCUGCAGGAACUUCCUGGAGGGGUUUGUAUGGUGAGUGAUGCCCGUCUUAGUCUGAGUGAGGAGAUCAGACAGAGAACCAGGAUGAGGGGAACUCUGAACUGGGCCCCGCCCCGGUUCCAGAUCAUCUUCAGCGUCCACCCCACCCAGAGGCGCAGUGAGGUUGUUGCCUCCCAGCACUUCCUCUGUGCAGGCUGUGGAACUGACAUAGAACCCAGAUACAUCAAGAAGCUGCGCUACUGUGAAUACCUGAGCAAGUACUUCUGUGACUGUUGCCAAGGCGGUGCUGAGUCACUGAUCCCAGGCCGGGUGCUGACCCAGUGGGACUUUGGAAGGUACCCAGUCAGUGAUUUUUCCAAGCAGCUGCUGGACUCUGUGUGGCACCAGCCUCUCUUCGACCUGACCUGUGUUGGCAAGACCCUUUACAACAGGGUGCGAGAACUGGACAGGUUCAUGGACCUGCAGGAGCAACUACUAGGCAUUAAAAGACUGCUGAAAGCAUGCAGAUUAUCUGAGGGGGUUCUGAAGGAGUUUGAGCAGCUUCCUGAUCACCUGACACAAGAGCCACACCUGUUCUCCAUGGAUGACCUCCUGAGGGUAAAACGGGGUCAGCUGUUGCCGCUGGCCAGGGCCGUGCUCCGGGUGGCCAUCGCCCACGUGGAGAGCUGUCAGGUAUGCCUGGCUAGAGGCUUCAUCUGUGAGUUCUGCAAGCAGAAGGAUGUGUUAUUUCCCUUCCAGAGUGAGACCUGCACACGCUGUCAAGUGUGCAAGGCCUGUUUCCACAAAGACUGCUUCAGAGAUGAGGAGUGCCCUAAAUGUGCACGGAUCCAAUGUCGAAAAAAGCUGAUGGACACGUUCUGCCUCUAGAGUACAUGUUGGAAGUGUGGGAAAAUAUCCUCACAUUCUUACAUGUGUUUGUCUUUUGAAUCUGAAUACAGAGUAUUCCAAAUAAUAAAAUGCUGUGCAUUAAAAUGUAACAGUAUAUUUUAUAUUUGAAUUCACUAAGCAUGUAACAUUAAAGGAGCAGGUACUGAGUCAGGUACGGACCCUCCUCAUUUUACCAAGAAGAAAAGAUGCUGCUUAGAACGAAUACCAGAAUGGGUUUUAUGAAUCUGAGUGGGAUUGUGUUUAUCUAUCAUUUUCGGAAUUACAGUACUGUACCUUCUGCUCAGUAUUACAACAACAACAAAAAUGUGGAAUAUAGCGACAUCUGUUGGACAUUUGAGUGAAUCACCUCACAUUCUAAUGGCCAUAAAACAAUGCCAUGCA